GUUGGCGGCGCCGCCAUGGAGGUGCUGACGUUCCGGCGCUGCAGCCCCGCCGACAUCGCUACCUGCCUCCGCGGCCGCGUCCGGGCCGGCUGCGAAGCCCGCAGCCUGGCCAAGGGCGACCUGUUCCCCGGCCCGAAGAUGCCUGUCAACAUUGACAUCGUGUAUCCCCAAAUAUUUGAAGGCUUUCUCCCUGUUUGUAACUUGUUUAUUCACAUGGAGCUCUUUCUCCCGGUGUGCCGUGUUAAUGACUUUGAGAUUGCUGAUGUUCUAAGUCCAAAAGCAAAGAGGACAGCUCGCUUCUUGAGUGGCAUUCUCAACUUUAUACAUUUCCGAGAAUCACGCUGUGGAGUCUACUUGGAUUUACAGGUGAACUAUAAAUGAGCUGUGGAGUAACUGCAACAGCUGGAGACAGCAAAUCAAGAGGCAGCAGUGAAGCUGGAGAAGCUGAACACUGUUCCUGUAGAAGAGCAAGCAGAGUUCAGGCAGCUGUCUGAUGACAUUCAGGAAUUGCAGCAACUGCUAAACCACGACUAUCGUCGGAAAACGACAGCUUUGCAAGAAGUGAUCUCACAAAAAAAGUCAGAUAUUGCGGAGAGGACCCGAAAAUUGCCUUUACAGACUUCUCUGGUAUACGCGUGAACAAACAUACGUCUGUCGCCCGUUAGACUGCGCCUCUGCGUCCACUCUUGCCUAUUUGGGGCCUAUGGAUUAGAGGCAAGAUCACUUCUUGAUCCAGCUGGUGUCGGACGAAGAAGCCAGCGUCUGGCACGUGGAGUUGCUGUGUGUUUUCAUGCAAGCAGAUACCUCCCUAGGCAAAUGGCAGUGUUAGGCAAAUGACAGGAUUUUAUUUGCACCUCCCUUUAUUCUGGUCUGUAUAUACACUUUGGUAUCAAAACACAAGUCAUUUCCAAGAAUACUUUGAUAAUGUGUAGGCAAUACGUUUUAUGUUAAAAGAUUCCAGCUUCAGCGAUAUAUGAUACAAACCUUAAAAUUCAGGAGGAUUUUCUAGGUCUGUAAGGGGACAAACAUGCAAAAUGUUCCUAAACCAGUGGCGGUGUAGCGGGGUCCCACUGCAGGAGGACAGAUGGCAUCUUUUCACCGUUGCUGGUGUAAGAAAGGAAGAAAACAGGACCCGGUGGGAUCCCAGGUUCCUGAAAGCCCUAAAUGAGCAAAACGCUUCAGCCCGUGCUAAUCCAGCAUGAUUGAGGCCCGCUCCGAGCAGUCCUUAGGGUCGGGACCAAACCUACCUGCUGAUGCCAGUUGUGGCGCAUGAAGGAUCUGGGUGCUCGUCUGCGCAGGGCAGGUGUUGGCAUUGCCCCUCGCUGGCCUGCAAGGGGCUCGUGGGGCGCUCAGGAGAAUCCGAGAAGUACCUGCUACAGGAAUUAGACGCCUCUGGAAUUUUAGCGACUGGUCAAAAUCCUCAUUUAGGCCAUUAAAUCGA